AACCUCGCACCAUUGCAGCUGGGAAGUCUCCCCAAACAUCGACACAACCAUGUACUGGAACCAAUACCUCCUCGCGCGUCCCACCUACCCCGACUCCUUCUUCAACCAAAUCUACAACUACCAUGCAUCGGCCUCCCACUCCUCCUCCCCCUCCUCAUCCCCAACCUUUACCGUAGCCCACGACAUCGGCGACGGCCCAGGCCACGUCGCGCACGCCCUCUCCCACAAAUUCCCCCACGUCAACGUCAGCGACAUAGACCCCCGCCACCUCACCUGCGCCAAACACCUCCACACCUCCCACCCUUCAGCGAACACCGCAACCACAACGCAAUUCACCUACACCCUCACCCGCGCCGAGCACCUGGCCACCCACUUCCCCCCCGCCUCCGCCGACCUGAUCAUCAGCGCCCUCAUGUUCACCCUCCUGCCCGACCCCGCCGCCGCUCUACGGAGCUUGCACACCGUCCUCAAACCCAACGGCGCCGGAACCCUCGCCAUCUCGUUCUACGGCCUCCCGCACUUCUCCGAACCAGCCCUCGCAGCCGAGUGCCAGCCACUACUAGACGGGAUCGCACAGCGCGCAAGCUUCAAGCGCGAAGCUGAUGCCGUGGCUAGGUGGUUGGAUUAUCUUGCUUUUCCGGUGGGCGAGUGGCGGGCGGUGGAGAGACAUAAGUGGAAUCGAGGGUGGGCGAGGUUGGGGUUCUUUACGGUUCGGGCGGGGGGGUUUGUGGUUGAGACCCCCGUGAGUCGGGUGCGGUGGGGGCAGGAAAAGGUGGUGGAGGUGGAAGAUCGUGGUCUGUGGCGGAGGGAUUGGGAUGUGCGGGAGUUGAGGCGGUUUGUGAGGGGGUUGAGGGGUGGGAAGAUGGGGGAGAUUGGAGGGUGUUGGAGGGCGCAAUGGGGGGAGUCGGGGUGAAGAGGGCGUUUUCGUGGCCUCUUGUUUUGGUUUUGGCGAAGAGGUGGUGAUGACGUUCAUCAUGGUGCUGGUAAGUGGGUAUGGUGGUGGUGGUGGUGGUGAUGGUGGGUUCGGUU